AUGGCUGUUGGCCGGAGGAGGCUGGCCCAGCUCUGGGCUCUGGGUCUUGCCCUGGCCUGCGCCCAGCACACAGGUACGGCUCGCGCUGGCAUGCCCACUACGGCUCCACGGACUCCAGCUAUGAGUACUACACAGACAGCCCUACCUUCCAGCCAGGGCCCCGCAGGUGACCCACUCGGUGGGGUGACCAUCUUCCCACCACUGAAGACGGUCCCUGUCAUACGAGCCCUGAACCCCGCGCACAACGGGCGAGUCUGCAGCAUGUGGGGCAACUUCCACUACAAAACCUUCGACGGUGACAUCUUCCGCUUCCCUGGCCUCUGUAACUAUGUCCUGGCCUCCCACUGCCGCGCAGCCUAUGAGGACUUCAACAUCCAGGUGCGCCGCAGUCAGGAGGCCAAAGCCACCACGCCCAGCAAGGUUGUCAUGAAGCUCGACGGCAUGGUCCUUGAGUUGACCAAGGACUCGGUCCUGGUCAAUGACCACCCGGUCCAGCUGCCCUUCAGCCAGUCCGGGGUCCUCAUCGAGAAGAGCAACAUGUACCUGAAGGUGGUGGCCCGGCUGGGGCUGGUCUUCAUGUGGAACCUGGAUGACAGCCUCCUGCUGGAGCUGGAUGACAAAUACGCCAACCAGACCUGUGGGCUGUGUGGGGAUUUCAAUGGCCUCCCCGUCUUCAACGAGUUCCUCUCCAACAACGUCAAGCUGACCCCUACCGAGUAUGGAAACCUGCAGAAGCUGGAUGGGCCCAUGGAGCAGUGCCAGGACGCUUCCCCCACGCCCACGAGGAACUGCACAACUGGCCUUGAGUUCUGCCAGGGCAUCCUCCUCAGCCAGCCGUUUUCCGGCUGCCACGACCUGGUGAACACCAGCAGCUACAUUGAGGCCUGCCAGCAGGACAUCUGCCUCUGUGCAGACUCUGACCCCACCAACUGCUCCUGCCCCACCCUCGCCGAGUACGCACGGCAGUGCGUGCAUGCUGGGGGGGUGCCCCAGGACUGGCGGACCUCCGAUCUGUGCCCGGCCCAGGCGUGCCCCUUCAACAUGGAGCACCACGAGUGCGGCCUGCCCUGCCCCAACACCUGCUCCAACCUCGAGCAUGCCCAGCUCUGUGAGGACCACUGCAUCAGCGGCUGCUUCUGCCCCGAAGGGAUGGUGUUGGAUGACAUCACCCAGAAUGGCUGUGUUGCUGUGGACCAUUGCUCCUGCACGUACAACGGGCUCUUCUAUGCCCCUGGGGACGUCUACUCCACUGACUGCACCAACUGCACCUGCUCCGGGGGCCGCUGGAACUGCCAGGACACCCCAUGCCCUGGCACCUGCUCGGUUCUGGGGGGCAGCCACUUCUCCACGUUCGACGAGAAGCAGUACACGGUGCAUGGGGACUGCAGCUACGUGCUGGCCAAGCCCUGUGACAGCAGUGCCUUCACCGUGCUGGCCGAGCUGCGCAAGUGCGGACUGACGGACAGCGAAACCUGCCUGAAGAGCGUGACGCUCAGCCUGGGUGGGGGACAGACUGUCAUCGUGGUCAAGGCCAGCAACGAGGUGUUUGUGAACCAGAUCUACACCAAGCUGCCCAUCUCUGCAGCCAACAUCACCCUCUUCAAGCCCUCGACCUUCUUUAUCAUCGCCCAGACCAACCUGGGCCUGCAGCUUGACAUCCAGUUGGUGCCCACCAUGCAAGUCUUCCUGCGGCUGGCACCCGAGCUCCGGGGCCUGACCUGCGGCCUCUGUGGGAACUUCAACAGCAUCCAGGCAGACGACUUCCAGACCAUCAGCGGGGUGGUGGAGGGCACAGCCGCUGCCUUCUUCAACACCUGGAAGACCCAGGCCUCCUGUCCCAACGUCAAAAACAGCUUCGAAGACCCUUGCUCCCUCAGCGUGGAGAACGAGAAGUACGCACAGUACUGGUGCUCACAGCUGACAGACGCCAAGGGCCCCUUUGCCCUUUGCCACGCCUCCGUGAACCCUGCCACCUACUACUCAAACUGCCUGUUCGACACGUGCAACUGUGAGAAGAGCGAGGACUGCCUGUGUGCGGCCCUGUCGGCCUAUGUGCACACCUGCGCCGCCAAGGGCGUGCUGCUGCGCGGCUGGAGGGAUGGCGCCUGCACAAAGCCCGUGACCACCUGCCCUGAGUCGCUGACAUACCGUGACUACGUCAGCACAUGCCAGCCCACCUGCCGCUCCCUGAGCGAGGAGGACGUCAUCUGCCACAUUAGCUUCGUGCCCGUGGACGGUUGCGUCUGUGCUGAGGACACCUACCUGGACGACUCUGGCAAGUGUGUGCCAGCGGCCAGCUGCCCCUGCUACUACGGGGGCUCGCCAGUCCUCAGCGGGGAGUCAGUGCACGACGGCGGAGCUGUCUGCACCUGCAACCAGGGGAAACUGACCUGCGUCGGAGGCCACACCCCUACCCCAGUCUGUGCUGCACCCAUGGUCUACUUCGACUGCCAGAACAUCACGUCCGGGGCUGCAGGGGCCAGCUGUCAGAAGAGCUGCCAUACACUGGACAUGGCCUGUUACAGCUCCCCGUGCAUCUCCGGCUGUGUGUGCCCUGACGGGCUGGUGUCAGACGGCGAGGGCGGCUGCAUCGCGGAGACCGAAUGCCCCUGUGUGCACAAUGAGGCCAGCUACACGGCUGGCCAGACCAUCCGUGUCGGCUGCAACACCUGCACCUGCAAGAACAGGAUGUGGCAGUGCACCCAGGAACCCUGCCUGGCCACAUGUGCUGUGUACGGGGACGGCCACUACCUCACCUUCGAUGGGCAGAGCUUCACCUUUGAUGGGGACUGCGAGUACACGCUGGUGCAGGACCACUGCGGCAGCAACAGCAGUGCUCAGGGCUCUUUCCGAGUCGUCACCGAGAACAUCCCCUGCGGCACGACCGGCACCACUUGCUCCAAGGCCAUCAAGAUCUUCCUGGGGAGCUACGAACUGAAGCUGAGCGAUGGGAAAGUUGAGGUGAUUGAGAAGGGGGCUGGGCAGGCAGUGCCCUACUCCAUUCGCCAGAUGGGCAUCUACCUGGUAGUGGACACAGAUGUCGGCCUCGUACUCCAGUGGGACAAGAAGACCAGCCUCUUCCUUAGACUCAGCCCUGAGUUCAAGGGGAAGGUGUGUGGGCUGUGCGGUAACUUCGACGGCAACGCGGUCAACGACUUCACCACGCGGAGCCAGUCCGUGGUGGGCGACGUGCUGGAGUUCGGCAACAGCUGGAAGUUCUCGCCGUCCUGCCCGGACGCCCGCGCCCCCAGGGACCCCUGCACCGCCAACCCGUACCGCAAGUCCUGGGCCCAGAAGCAGUGCAGCAUCCUCCAUGGUGCCACCUUCGCCGCCUGUCAUGCCCACGUGGAGCCCACCAAGUACUACGAGGCCUGCGUGAGCGACGCGUGCGCCUGCGACUCGGGCGGCGACUGCGAGUGCUUCUGUACGGCCGUGGCCGCCUACGCGCAGGCCUGCCACGACGCGGGCGUGUGCGUGUCCUGGCGCAGCCCUGACGUCUGCCCUCUGUUCUGCGACUACUACAACCCUCAAGGGGAGUGUGAGUGGCACUACCAGCCGUGCGGGGUCCCCUGUAUGCGGACCUGCCGGAACCCCAGCGGGCGCUGCCUGCAUGACGUGAGCGGCCUGGAAGGCUGCUACCCCAGGUGCCCGCCAGAGGCCCCCAUCUUUGACGAGGAUAAAAUGCAGUGCGUACCCCAGUGCCGGACCCCACCGCCCCCACCACCCUGCCGCAUCCGGGGCAAGGACUACCGGCCCGGUGCCUCCGUGCCCUCCAACGAGAACUGCCACACCUGCAUUUGCACUGAGAAUGGUGUGGUGUGUGCCUACGAUGCCAAGGCCUGCGUCUGCACCUAUGACGGGCGGCACUUCCACCCUGGGGACGUCAUCUACCACACCGCGGACGGCACUGGCUCGUGCCUCUCUGCCCACUGCACGGCCAAUGGCACCAUUGAAAGGAGGAUUGGCUUGUGCGACACCAGCACCGCGCCCACCACCACCUUCUUCUUCUCCAGCACCCCAUACGGUAAGGCAGCACGUGGCUCUCCAGGUACCUCUCCUGGGUCCACAGCAAGCACAGUGAUGAGCAACACCCUCUCGACAGCUCCAGGCACCUCCCCUGGGUCCCCAGUGAGAAGUGUUACAAGCAACACCCUCUCAACAGCCCCAGGCACCUCCCCCAGCCCAGGCUGUGGGGAGGUAUGCCAGUGGACCCCAUGGCUAGAAGUCAGCCACCCGGGGAGGGGAGUGGACAGUGGCGAUUUUGACACACUGCAGAACCUGCGUGCCCACGGGUUCCGAGUUUGCCAGGCACCCAGGGAGGUGAAGUGCCGCGCUGAGAACACACCCAAUGUGCCGCUGGAAGCCCUGGGGCAGCACGUGGAGUGCAGCCGGACAGUGGGGCUAAUCUGCUACAACAAGGACCAGCCCUCAGGGCUUUGCGACAACUACCAGAUCCGCAUUCUGUGCUGCUCCCCAGCGCCCUGCUCCACCACCAGCCACAGAUCAGCCUUAACCUCCACUUCUGUCACAUCCGGGACAACCCAGACCACAGCCAAGCCAGGGACCAAGGGGAUCUCCUCAUCAGAGGGGCCGUCCACAGCCACCUCAGGGUCUGUGCACACAGCUAGCACCACCCUCUCUACAGCUAGCACACCACCUGCCCCAGGUACCUCCACACCUAUCAAAACAAGUCUCUUGACCCCCAGCCCAACACCGGAGACAACGGAAACAACAUCCUCCACUGAGCCCAGCACAGUUGCUUGUUUACAAGAAAUGUGCAAGUGGACAAAGUGGCUGGACGGCAGCUACCCUGGACCUGGCAGGAACGGUGGUGAUUUUGACACUUUCCAUGACUUGAGAGCCAAAGGCUAUAAUAUCUGUGAGCACCCCAAAGAGGUGGAGUGCAGAGCAGCAUGGUACCCAGAUGUGCCGCUGGAUGAGCUGGGGCAGGACGUGAUCUGCAACACAAAGGUGGGGCUGCUCUGCCUGAACAAGAACCAGCUGCCUCCGAUCUGCUACAACUACGAGAUCCGCAUCCUCUGCUGCGAACUUGUGGACGUGUGCAGAACAACAACACGUGUGGUGCCUCCAACUGUCCUUACAACUGCCACAACCCUGGUUCCUACAACCACUCCUACCUCUCAACGCACAACCACCACAUACACCACAACUCCUUUUCCUACAACUACUCCCAUUCCUCUGUCUACAAGCACCUCAACCACUGUUCCUGAGACAACCCACUCCCAAACCAUCCCCAUCACCUGCCAGCAACAGUGCACAUGGACCAAGUGGUUUGAUGUUGACAUCCCAUCCCCUGGGCCCAACGGUGGAGACGUGGAAACAUAUGACAACAUCAUCAGACACGGAGAGAAAGUCUGCCACAGGCCCGAGGAGAUCACGAAGCUGGAGUGCCGUGCACAGAAUCACCCCAUGGUAAGCAUCGAGAAGCUGGGGCAGGUGGUGGAGUGCAAUUCCGACGUGGGGCUGGUGUGCCAGAACCGGGACCAGACGGGGACGCUCAGGAUGUGCUUGAACUACGAGAUCCGUGUGCUGUGCUGUGAGCUCCAUUGUCCUCCUCCAGUCACCUCCACAUCUCCAGGUACCUCAACUGUCACUGCCAGCAGCUCAACAGCAAGCACCCCAUCUGUGUCGACAACCUCAAAACCUGUGGCUACACGCACCUCAACAGUCCCUACAACUACAAGUCUCAACAGCAAGCACCACGUCUGUGUCAAAAACUUCAAAACCUGUCUCUACAGGACAUCGCUCAGCCCUGUGACAAACUCCACCACGGUGUGCUACUGUGUCGUGGAUAAGAAGUUCUACCCUGCUGGAUCCAUCAUCUACCAGAAGACAGAUCUGGAUGGGCACUGUUUUUACUCCCAGUGCUCGCAGGACUGCCACGUGGUCAAGAACACCAGCAGUAACUGCCCACCCACCACACCAUCUCCCACGCCGGCGACUUCCCCUUCAUCCGGGUGCUCAGAUCUGGUUCCUCCAAGAAAGAUCAUCUUCAACGACAAGGAGGUCCGUCCCGGCUUCAGGAGCAACGGUAUCAUCGUCUCCCAGGUUGGCAUCAAGAUGUACGUGAGCAUCCCCGCCAUCGGCCUGCAGGUCAUGUUCACCGGCCUCAUCUUCUCGGUGGAGGUACCCUUCAGCAAGUUUGCCAACAACACGGAGGGCCAGUGUGGCAUCUGCAGCAAUGACCAGAAGGAUGACUGUAGCCUGCCGGGAGGGGACGUGACCACCUCCUGCUCCAAGGCGUCCAGCCACUGGAAGGUGACCAACCCCGACCAGCCACACUGCUACGGGCCGUCCCCAACCCCCCUGCCGACCACCUCGAGCAAGCUCCAAACCAGCCCCACCCCGUGCCCACCAGCGCCCAUCUGUCAGCUGAUCCUGAGCAAGGUCUUUGAGCUGUGCCACAAGGUCAUCCCCCCGUGGCCGUACUACGAAGGCUGUGUCUUCGACCACUGCCACAUGAGAGACCCAAAGGUGGCAUGCUCCAGCCUGGAGAUUUAUGCCUCUCUCUGUGCGUCGGAACACGUGUGCAUUGACUGGAGGGGUCGCACCAACAACACCUGCCCUUUCACCUGCCCUGCCCACCAGGUGUACCAGCCCUGCGGCCCGGUCAACCCUACCUACUGCUAUGGAAACAACACUGCCGUCCCCCUGAGGUUCACCCAGAGGCUGGUCCACCUGGUGGGGGCUAGGAAAGGGGGAGAGAGGAGGGGUUACCCUUCCCACGACCUUGCUGAUGCCCACCCUUCUGGGACCACCCAGCCCGGCGCCGUGGUCUCCUCGGGCCUGUGCGAGACGUGCAGGUGUCAGGGGACCGACGACCCUGAGACGGACCCAUUAGCGGUGAUCUGCGAGAUCCAGAUCUGCCAGAGCAACUGUCCUGUGGGCUUCCAGUACCGUGUGCCGGCCGGACAGUGCUGUGGCUCCUGUGUGCAGGUGGCCUGCGUCAUGCACACCAGCAAUGGCUCCGCCCACCUCUUCUACCCCGGCGAGACCUGGUCGGAGCCCGGGAACCCUUGUGAGACACACGAGUGUGAGAAGCACAAGGACGAGCUCGUGGUGGUGACCACGAGGAAGGCGUGUCCUGUACUCCAGUGUCCUCAGAACGAGGCCCUGCCUGAUGAAGAUGGCUGCUGCCUCUCCUGUCCCCAGCAGCCACCCCAGAACACUUCCACCUGCGCCGUGUACUACAAGCAGGAGGUCGUCCGGGAUGGCGGCUGCAGCUCCACCCAGCCUGUGCGCCUCGCCUACUGUCAGGGCAACUGUGGGGACACCACCUCCAUGUACUCCUUCGAGGCCAACAUGGUGGAACACAGGUGUAGGUGCUGCCACGAGCUGCGGACAUCACUGAGGAAUGUGACUCUGAGCUGCCGGGACGGCUCUACCCGGGCCUUCAGCUACCACCACAUCGAGGAGUGCGGGUGUGUGGGUCCGCGGUGCGAUGCGCCGGGCAGCUCCAGCCACUCAGAGUCAGAGCCCGAGCAGAGUGAAGAAGAAGAACGCUAG